AGUGAGUUGCUGCCAGUAAGGCACUGGUUCUGUGGUCGGAAAUCCCUUUGUUAUCUGGGUUGAGAGAUCGGGGAGAUACAAAACCUCAGAUUGCUAUCAGGUUGCUGGGAUAGAUAAAAAAAUGUUUCUACAUCUGGCAGCACUGGUAAGCUUCGUUUUAGGAGCCUCAUCUGUGCCAUUCAGCAACCCAGAGGAUACAGGAAAGCACUGGGUGGUCCUUGUUGCAGGUUCCAAUGGCUGGUACAACUACCGACAUCAGGCAGAUGUGUGCCAUGCCUAUCAAAUAGUCAAGAAGAAUGGCAUCCCUGAUGAGCAGAUUGUCGUCAUGAUGUAUGAUGAUAUUGCCAAUAAUGAUGAAAAUCCUACCAAAGGAGUCAUUAUCAACAGGCCCAAUGGUACUGACGUUUAUGCUGGAGUCCUGAAGGAUUAUAUUGGAGAUGAUGUCAACCCUAAAAAUUUUCUGGCUGUUCUGAGUGGUGAUUCUGAAGCCGUCAAGGGGAAAGGAUCGGGGAAAGUAAUCCGCAGUGGCCCCAAUGAUCACGUGUUUGUAUACUUUACAGACCACGGAGCACCAGGCAUGCUGGCCUUUCCUAGUGAUGAUCUGCAUGUCAUGGAACUGAAUAAGACCAUACAGCAUAUGUAUGAGAACAAGAAGUACAAAAAGAUGGUGUUUUACAUUGAGGCCUGUGAGUCUGGCUCCAUGAUGAACCACCUGCCCAAUAAUAUUAAUGUAUACGCAACCACAGCUGCCAACCCCCAGGAGUCCUCCUAUGCUUGUUACUAUGACGACAAACGUGACACUUACCUGGGAGAUCUAUACAGUGUUAGCUGGAUGGAAGACUCUGAUAUGGAGGACUUGGCCAAAGAAACACUACACAAACAGUUUGUUCUGGUGAAGCAGCACACGAACACUAGCCAUGUCAUGCAGUAUGGAAACAGGACAAUAUCACAGAUGAAAGUGAAUCAGUUCCAGGGCAAUGUAAAGAUCACUUCCACACCUGUGUAUCUAGAGCCUGUAAAACAUAUGGACUUGACUCCCAGCCCUGAUGUACCUCUAGCAAUCCUAAAAAGAAAACUGAUGGCCACAAAUGACAUUCUGCAAGCCAGAGCUAUUGUGAGAGAGAUCAAAGCACACCAAGAGGCAAAACAACUGAUAAAAGAGUCUAUGAGGAAAAUUGUAAACAUGGUGACAGAAUCGGAUGAGCUCACAGAAGAAAUACUGACUGACCAGGUUAUCAUUAAUGACAUGCAGUGUUAUCGGGAUGCAGCCGAACACUUCAAAAGACAGUGCUUUAACUGGCACAAUCCUCUGUAUGAAUAUGCUCUGAGAAACCUCUAUGCUCUGGUCAAUCUGUGUGAGUCUGGAUAUCCCAUAGAAAGAGUCCACAAGGCAAUGGAAAAAGUGUGUAACAGUUGGAACUGAAUUUACUUGUCUGCAAAAAUCAACUUACCAAGGAAAGAAGAGACAAUCUGAGGAUGACCUAACCACUAAACUGCAUCUGCUGCCACCAACCCACUCUAUGCAACCUGACAGAUCUGCCUUAGCCCUGCUUUUAUAGGGUCACCUCAGACUCUCUUUAAGAUUCAGAGCAUCGAUCAAAACUACAAAUGACACUACCACUAAUUCUACUAUCCUAGGACUGAGAAUAAUAUAUCAACAGUAACAAUAUAAGUAUGGGAGACAGACGAAUGAGAGAGAGAUCAAAGAACAAAGACACAACCCAAAGAUCAAACUUAAUGUUUCAAAGCUGGGGAAAAAAAGCCAUUCUCCUGCUUCACUGGUAAAACAGACAUGCUGAUAAUUAGAACUCUCCAUGCUUCACUGAUCAUUUAGUUCAUAGAGUUACCAAAAAGCUGCAAUUAUAACUUCCAGUAGUUAUCACUGUUCUUGGGCGAUGGGACAUCAAGUUUUAGUUUGUAACAUGAUUUUAGCUUUUUUUUUUUCCUUUUUUUGUUACAUUUUAGUAUGUUUUUUAAUCAGUUUGUUUAUCGCUGCUUUCCAUACUGUUUGUUCAUUAAGAAACCACAAUGUGAAAUGACUGUCCCUAGUCUCUACUGCAUACUGUUGCAGAUACCCAGCAUUAUCUUCUGCAGGCACUGGGUGCCACUAAAAAUCAAUUUCACUUCAUUCAGAUAAAUGUCAUGGGGUUGGGGGAUAAGCAGAUGGAAUAGAAUAUUAUGGUGAAAAUGCUGAACAAAUGAUUGAUUCAUAUUAUUGCAAACAAUGCACAGUGUGAACCCUUUUAAAAUUAAAAUGUAUAGGAAGGAAUUAAAUAUUUUAUGAUGACCAAAA